ACUAUUAGUAUUUAAUAAUAUAAUUAUUAUAUAUAACGGGUCAUAUUAAUAUUAUUCACGUGGCCGAAUGCUAGUGCGUGUAUUAGUGUAUAUAUCAAUGACGGAGGAAGGGGAGGCAUGAGAGUGUUAAAUGAUUUCACUCUCGAUCCUAUACAUAUUAAUUCUCUAGUAUUUUUCAAAAAUACUAGAAACUCAAACACAUGGAAACCAAAGGUUAACUGAGAACUCUCUGUUUGCUCAAUUCAGUAUGUCACUCUAAGAUUCUUUUUACAACUAUGGCUCAGAGCAAUACCCGUCCCAAGAAAACGUCUGUUAAUCAUUCAAAUUUAGAUAGAAUCAGUGACUUGCCGAGUCAUAUCAUAGACGACAUUCUAAGUUGUCUGCCGAUUAAAGAAGCAGUGAAGACUAGCGUCUUGUCGAAGAAAUGGAUGUUGAAGUGGAGAUAUCUUCCCAAAUUGGUAUUUGACUCUACGUUUUAUCAGACAUCAAUAGUACCCUCUACACCAAAACUUAGCAUUGCUAAAUUCUUUCUUAAUAUCUACAGAGUUCUAUUACUUCAUCGUGGACCCAUCUUGAAUUUUACUUUUCAUGUUCCGUUGUCCAAAAACUAUUCUGAGAUUGACCGGGUGAUGCUUUACUUGAGCGAGAAAGAUGUUCACGAAAUUUCCUUUGAUAUUGGAGAAUAUUUUUAUGAAGACUGUAGAGUGCCACCAUUUCUGUUCUCAUGUGUGACAUUGAGGCGCUUGACCUUGUCCUGGUGUAAUUUCACACUUCCGUUGGCAUUUCAAGGAUUUGUUAACUUGAUUUCCCUUACGUUUCAGUCGGUUGAUGUUUCUACCAAUGUGCUUGAAAAUUUCAUCUCCAAAUGCCCAUUACUCGAAAGACUUUCUAUAAAAAGCUGUAACUAUAUUGAUAACCUCUAUAUUGACAUUCCCUGCCUCAAGUUCUUUGAGUUCUUUGGUUUUUUUCAGUCUCUUUGUUUUGAAAAACCCUGUCAGCAUCUUUCAACAAUUAUAUUUGAUAAUAUCAAAGAUGAUGUGACUAUUUUCUCUCACGACGCCAAAGCAUCUGAACCAACCAAGCUUUUUGAAUGUCUGCCUGCCGUCGAGCACUUGCGUCUAGGAUUCGAAUUUGUGGAUUACUUGAUAGUCGGACCACUGCCGAGGAAACUUUCUCUUGGCUGUCUUAGAGUUCUUGAACUGCUUGAUAUAUGUUUUCAGAGUACGGCUGAGGUCUCUGCUGUUCACUGUUUGAUUUCGAGCGCUCCUAACUUAGAGAAGCUUGAGAUUGGGUUUGUCGCACCUAGGGACGAAGCAACGUCUGCUUCUGAAGAAAUCGAUUACCUCUUAGAUAAUGAACUUCUAAAAGUAGAAGACGUGUUGGAUAACGAACUGAAAAAGCUUCGAGUGGUGAAGAUGAAGCUCCCAGACAUAGAAAUAAUAGAAGCUGAACUGGAAUUUGUAAAGUUUCUACUGGCUGAAUCAGUCGUACUUGAAAAGAUGUUUGUACAGCCGGGCAAAGGAACACUUGCCGAGGACGGACUGAAGAUUUUGAAAGAGAUAAUUAGGUUCGAACGUUCAUCAAAGAAAGCACAAAUCUUAUACUUAGAACCUGAGGACGAUGAUAAAGUUAGUAAUGAUGGUAGUGACUAUAGUGAUGAAUCUGAUGAUAGUGAAGGUUAGGAUGUUGAUUACUUUAUAAGGCCUGAAAAAUCAAAUCUGUUUUUCUGUCUUAGCAAAAACAUGUACACUGUCAUUUUACCUCUUAUUCGUAAUCUUUUAUGCAGUCGGGCGGAUUAAAUCGUAA